AUGAUCACCCGCCUCAUAUUUGUUGAGAACAAGUUUGAUUCCAUCAAUUACUCUGCGAACUGCUAUACCAAGAUCAAACUAAGCAGAAUUUCACCGCUUGUUGAAAUUGAAGAGAAUAAGCACUUGGAUCAAGUGGUUAUUAAUGAGCUAGCAAUUAGCAUAGAUAUUCUUUGUGAGAAGGCUGGUGAAAUUGACGAAGGUAGCGCACCAAUUCAGCAAUUUAGAGGAGAGUUUGAUGGCUUGAGAACUCUACAGUAUGAUAAAGAGAUGGACACCAAUAAAUGGCUUCAUUGGUGCCUUGAACUACUUAUUGUAGGGUCACUCGAUAGCGAGGUACAAUAUGAGAUUUCUCCAGGUAACCAGAAGAAUAUGGGUCUUUAUUUUAGGGUCCGAAAGAAGAUAGAAGGUAUUUUUGUAGUUGUUCUGGAAAUAUUAUUGGAUAGAGUUUCGAUUGACGAGGAAUCUAUGGAUAUCAUGGGAGACUUGUACGAGAAAUGGCAAUCAGAGCUAAAAUAUAAGGUGAAAGUGAAGAGAUUGGAACAAGAGAACGUUCGACUUCGGAGAGAUUUUGACGAGAGUGAGAAAAGUAAGGAGUUGUUUGUAGAGACAAACCAGAAGAUUCGUAGAAAUGUAGAACAAGUUUUUAUUCCUGUUUUGAAUGAGCAGAAACAGGUGAUCAGGGACUUGAAGAAACAGUUAGGCCAGCUACCUGAUUUGAAUUUUUCCAGCAUUCACCGACGACAGUUGAUCAACUAUCAAGAGCCGAACAAGGAGGUUGAGUUUGAGUUCGAUGAGAAUAAACGUGAUGAAUAUAGGAGAGAGAUUGAAAAGGUUUCUCCCAGAAAGAAGCGAGCAAAGAAGGAGACCAGUCAUGCUGACGAUAAUUCUACAGAUAAAGACAGCGACAACGAUGACGACGAGCCACAAUGGAAACGGAGAAAAGAGAGGCUGAGCGGCAGUUCAGACGAAACGCAAGCAGAUACUGAAUGA